UCGGCAUUGAGAAGUAAAGUGAAACGUCUGCAUGCAUUUUACGACAUUUCGCAGUGCAUGUGAUUUGCAUAUCAGGUCAUGUAAAAUGCCAACUCUAAAGUGCCAAUGACUGCAGAAAAUAGUCAGCCAGAGUCGUUAUCAAUCGGUAGUUUAGGUUGCUGUGUUUUUCUUGUUCUUUCUAAACCUGAUCACACUGCGUCUGGUGUGGAGAGAGGAAUAGCUAAGCAGACAGUGGGAUAGAUAUGCAGUAGCAACAACAAGCCUUGGAUCGUGUGAGAUGAUGGGCUUUUUAUUUUCUUUCACUUUGAAUCAAAUCUAACCAAAAGCUUCAAUUGCUACCUGUAAAAUCAGACAAAACUGUUGUGUGUAUAGGAUAGCACAGCAGACUUCGUUGGUUUGUAACCUCUGGUUUUAACCGCACCCUUUCUGUUGGGAUACAAAACACACAUCAGAGAAAAUGGCGGAACUUGAGAAGGAAGGACUGCCCCAAACAAUGCAGGAGAACCGAGAUGAAGAGGAGCCCCAAUAUACUGAUGACUCUAAGCCGAGCAAGAUUCAAGACGACGCAUGUUUCGAGGAAAAUCUAAUUGAAGAGGUCAGAAGGUACACCAAUUUGUACAACACCUCAUUGAAAGACUAUAAAGACUUCACCAUGACCAACAACAGCUGGAAGGAGAUAGCUCAAACUCUGAGAGUAGAAGAACAAAUUUGCAGGACGAAAUGGAAGAACUUGAGAGACAGAUAUGUCAGACUGAGGAGGAAAAUGAAGGGGAAGAGUGGGGAUGCAGCAUCAGGAAUACAACCACAAAUACUCACCACACUGUCCUGGCUGUCUGGCUUCAUAAAACACAAGGAGACAGAGUCAAACUAUCCAAAGGCAGAGGAGAUGGACACCCCAGAAGACCUGCAAGAAGACAACCUGAUCGAGCAGGAACACUUCCACAGUUCUAAUAAUGAGAAGCAAGAUGGACAUUUGGCAGUUAGGAGGAAUGUAAUAUUAGAACGAACUAAAUUCAACCAAAGACAACAAGAAGCAGGAGAGACAGCUGAUGAUUUUAUCACUGCACUUCAUUGUUUGUCAGAACAUUGCAGUUAUGGAGCUCUGCUCAGUGAGAUGAUAAGAGACAGACUAGUUGCAGGCUUACGUGACAGAAGACUGUCCAAGCAAUUACAAAUGGACCCAGAACUAACACUGGAUAAAGCUGUCGCACGCAUUCGUCAAACUGAACUUGUGGAAAAGCAACAGGACCUGCCCGAGAAUACCUUCAAAGCUGCCAGCAGCGUGGCAAAUAUAGACAGUGUGCUUUCAUAUAGCAAACAUCCAUGCCCAGCCAAUACCCAGUGCCAAUCAGAGAAGAAGAAUCAAAACUCAGAAAGACCACAACAACCCCAAACAACGCAGGACAAUGCAGAAGAGCCCCUAGAUACUGAUGACUUCAUUGAGGAUUUCAGUCCUGGAGGAGAAAAGCCUCACUACUGCGCCUACUGCGGUAGGAGCUUUCAAAAAGUGAGGGAUCUUAUAAGACACCAGCGAACACAUACUGGAGAGAAGCCUCACCACUGCCCUGAUUGCGACAGAAGUUUUGCUCGAUUAGAUAAACUUAAAUUACACCAGCGAACACAUACUGGAGAGAAGCCUCACCACUGCCCUGAUUGCGACAGAAGUUUUGCUCGAUUAGAUAAGCUAAAGAUCCACCAAGAAAUACAUAUAGGAGUGAAACCUCACCGCUGCCCUGAUUGCGACAGAAGUUUUGCUCGAUUAGAUAAGCUUAAGUCACACCAAAAAAUACAUGCGAAAGAAAAACGUAUUUUUCAUUCCUCUGACUGUGUGAAAAGCUUUGUCCUUUUGGAGAAGCUUGAAAAACACCAGCUGGAGAAUACCUUCAAAGCCACCAGCAGUGCAGCCAAUGUAGACCGUGUGCUCACACAGCAGAGAACAUUCAACAAAGUCAAAGAGAGUAAAAGGCAGCAGAGUAAAAUACGAGCUAGAGCUCCAGGAAAGGGAACACCAUCACAUAGCAAAACAAUGCAGGAGAAGGAAGAGGAGCCCCUAGAUACUGAUGACUCUGAUGAGUGGAUCGACGGUUUCAGUCCUGGAGGAGAGAAGCCUCACUACUGCUUUGACUGCGGUAAGAGCUUUAGAAAAGUGAGGGAUCUUAUAAGACACCAGCGAACACAUACAGGAGAGAAGCCUCACCACUGCCCUGUUUGUGACAGAAGUUUCGCUAGAUUAGAUAAACUAAAAUUACACCAAGAAAUACAUACAGGAGUAAAGCCUCACCACUGCCCUGAUUGUGAGAAAAGUUUUGCUCGAUUAGAUAAUCUUAAAUUACACCAAAAAAUACAUAUCAAAGAGGAACAUAAUGUCACACAUAACCAUCAAACUGAACUGAAUGUAGACAGUGUGCACACACAGCAAAGAACAGCCAGCAAAGGCAGGCAGAAGAGUAAAAUGCAAGCUAGUGCACCAGGGAAAAAAAUGGGCCAGUCACAGCCAGGAAAAAACUCAAAUUACAAAAGUUCAGUUGGAAAGAAUCAACACUCAGAAAAACUGCAACUACCCCAAACAUCGCAGGAGAAUGAAGAGGAUCCUGACGAUACUUCUGAUAACUGGACCAAGAGUUUCAGUAGUGUAGAGAAGCCAUACGUCUGCUCUGACUGCGGUAAGAGCUUCAGACUAGAGAAUCGUCUUAUAAGACAUCAACGAACACAUACAGGAGAGAAGCCUUACGACUGCCCUGAAUGUGACAAAAGUUUUGCGCGAUUGGAUCAUGUUAAGUCACACCAAAAAACACACAUGAAGGAGGAACGUAAUUUCCGCUGCUCUGACUGUGUGAAAAGCUUUGUCCGAUUGGAGCAGCUUGAAAAACAUCAGCAAACACACAAGAAAAGUUACCGCUGUUCAAAGUGUGAGGAAAGGUUUUCAGACCUGGUUGACUGGAAAGCACACUUUUUAGUACACCGAGAGAUCCUCCACUGUCCUGACUGCGACAAGCAGUUCUUGUACAAGGGACUUUUUGAAAGACACAGGCGAACACAUUUGAGAAAAAAAGUAAAAUUUCUCUGCACAAUAUGCGGGAAGGAGAUUCACAACUUUAAAAUACACAUGCGAGUACACACGGGAGAGAAACCAUAUCACUGCACUGAGUGUGGGAAGAGUUUUGCAUAUACAAAAUCCUACAAAACACAUAUAUUAACACAUACCUCUGGAGAAAGAACAACCUAUCCUUGUUUGGAAUGUGGAAAGACAUUUACUCGCGUAGAUGGCAUGGUGAGACACGUGAGGAGGGUUCAUACUGGAGAGAGAAAUCAUCAGUGCAGAGACUGUGGAAAACGAUUCUUUCGAAAAGAGUCACUGAAGAGACACACGCUAGUUCACACUGGAGAGAAACCAUACCAGUGCUCUGUCUGUGGGCAAGGCUUCUCCCAAGAUGGCGACAGAAAACGCCACGAGAAGAGGCACUACUCUGGUGUCUCAGAUUUCCUCGAUCUAUAAUACAGAAGUGGUGUUUGUUAUUGCAGGAACCCACCCAAUCAAUGUGAUUUCUAACCGGGUGUUCUUCCGCCUCCAGGUGGCCUGGAAUUGCCACCACAGACUGUAGGAAAGAUACACAGACCGACUGUUGCUGAUACACAACAAGACUGAGGAUUACUGUCUUCAUAGCAGUAUUUUGUUUUUUCAAAAGUCUGUUAUUUUAAAUAGAUUUGUCAAAUGUGUUUUAAUAUUUUGUUUCAACAAAAGCAUACUACAGGAUACUAUCAAUAGCGGUCAUUGUUAAAUUAUGGGCCUUCCCCAUUGGGGGUUUGCAGUCAGUUAUAUUGUAUUAAAGAUGCACUAUACAGAAA